AUGGAAAACAUCCAUCUUGCCCAAGAACUCAUGAGGCAAUACAAUAGGAAAAGGGUUGCUCCGAGAUGCCUCCUAAAAAUUGAUCUUAAGAAAGCUUACGGUUUGGUAAGUCGGGACUUCAUUAAAGGUGUGCUUGAAGGGUUGCACUUCUUUCCGAGAUUUGUAAAAUGGGUCAUGGAAUGUGUUACUUCUCCUACAUAUUCCGUAGCUUUGAAUGGGAGUAUGCAUGGUUUCUUCAAAGGAGGGAAAGGCGUCCGGCAAGGGAAUGUUACAUCGGUGCAAAUUCUCAUGGAUUGCCUCUCAAAUUUUGGUCUUGUAUCGGGUUUAAGGUUGAACGUCCUGAAAUCCAACUUGUAUACAACUGGUAUUAAUGGACAAGCGCUAGAAGAUAUCCUUCAAAUUACAAAUAUCCUGAGGGGUACUCUUAUAUCGGUGCUUGGAAUUGCUCUUCACUUUCUUAUGCGGGCAAAGUGGAACUUAUUAGGACGGUUCUUCAAGGCGUUGAAUGUUUUUGACUUUCUAUCUUCUCUAUCCCAACUACAAUUAUCUCAAGGAUUGUUAGCUUUUGUCGAAAAUUUCUUUGGGGAUCUAAGAAGUCUUUGGUGGGUGGAAAGAUCUUUGCCGCCCAAAAGAUUAAGGAGACCUCGGCUUGAAGGACUUGAAGAGAAAGAUCACUCUCCACUCUUUAAAGAAUUGUUGGAAAUCAAAGAUCUACUUCUUCAUAAGGUUGCUGGUCCCCAGUUUCUUGCACAUGGACGGGCGGUGAUACCCGUUCCGAUGGACAGUGAAAAUAACCUGACUGUAUCUGCUGAUCUAGCCUCUAUUCAGCAAGCUGUGCAUACUCAAAUCAGGGGCCAAUUUCAGGUAAAUCUGGAUAGUUUUAUGGGUUAG